AUUUUCUGGGAAGUCCUGAUACGUGGAGUAGUUGGCAGGUGGUUGAUGAUGCUUCUCUGUGUUCUGGUGACAGCAAAUCCUGCUGAGGGAGCAGGAAGGGGCUGUAGGGCAGAAUGUGGGGACUUGAAAUCCUAAUUCAUGGAGCUGAUGGGGAAGGAGGCUCAGAUGUCUGGAAUGAGCAGGGGCUUUUCUAGCUGCCUUCUCAGAGGAGGAGGGAAAGUGGUAGAAAAUGAGAUUCAGGCAAGAAUAGACAACAUAUUCAGCAACUUGGAACGUCUGGAAAUCCUGUCCAGCAAAGAACCUCCCAACAAGAGGCAGAAUGCCAAACUGCGAGUGGACCAGCUGAAGUACGAUGUGCAGCACCUGCAGACAGCCCUGAGGAACUUCCAGCACCGCCGGUACCUGCGGGAGCAGCAGGAGCGGCAGCGCGAGGAGCUGCUGGCCCGCACCUUCACCACCAACGACUCUGACACCACCAUCCCGAUCGACGAAACCUUGCAGUUUAAUGAAUCCCUGCAGAGUGCCCACCGAGGCAUGGAUGAGCUUAUUGGCAGUGGCACCAACAUCCUGCAGGGGCUGAGGGACCAGAGAGUCACAUUAAAGGGCACUCACAAGAAGAUCCUGGACGUUGCCAACAUGCUGGGCCUGUCCAACACAGUGAUGCGGCUGAUCGAGAAACGCGCCUUCCAGGACAAGUUCCUCAUGCUGGGAGGGAUGGCCGUGACCUGCCUCAUCAUGUUCCUCAUCGUGCAGUACCUGACAUGAGCUGCUGACCUGCUGCAAGAGGACUGGCUGUCUCCAGGACUGACCUUCCUCUGGCUGCUGCUAUGGAUGAGCCCUUCCCGUGGACUUCAGAGUUUACAAAUCCCGCUCAGACAGUGUCCCGUGGAAAGCACGUCGGGAAACAGACGUGUCUGGGGACGCCGUGCUUGAGAAUGGCCCUGUGAAAAUAACCCCUGGCCUUUACUGCUCUCCCCUCAAGCCUGCAGGUUUAAUGGCCUGGUUAAUAGGAAGCAGAAGUGAACCUUGUCCCUUUGGGCACACGGGGAUGGGAGGAUGCAAAGGCACAGCCUAGGAUGCAGCGAGUCUUUCUUGAGCUGGCCAGCACUGACCUGACCCUUGCAUUUUGCAGUGCACAGAGAAUUCACGGUGUUCACGGGCCUGAGUUCAGCCUGUGGUGUGCAAAAAGAGCUGUCCAGUGAAGGGCUCUCAUCUGCGGUUCCAUUUGUGUGGUGGAGGAGGAGGAUGUGUGGGGAAGUGUCUUAGAACACGGUUAUAACCUCAGUUAACUUCACACACAGUAUUAACCAGCACAGAUCUCUGUUUUGGGCUGAAAUGCUGCUCUGCUCAUCUGAGGGAUGUUCUGGUACCUCUCUGUGCCCUGCUGCUUCCCAGGGGAUGCUGAGUGCCACGCUCCCUCCUGCUUCCACUGAGAUGCACAUCAGGUCUGUGGCAUCUCCCUAGGCCUCCUGCCAAAUCCAGAAAUGACAUUUCUAAUGCUGGAGCACGGAGGUGUGGGGAGCUGUGUUCAUUUCCUGAGGUGCUGGUUGGGUUUGGGCCUCUGGAGCUGGAACUUCUGAGUGGAUGGAGCAGGUGAGUCGCCCUGUAAUCCCUGGAGGGGUGGGGUUGUUCACAGAGCUGGAGCAGGUUCUUCACCCCAGAGGAAUGGUGGGAUCAGCACAACAGGCCUGGCACUGAAAAUCAGCUUGGUCAGGAGAGUUUCCUCAAGUUUGUGCCUUGGGAUGGUGACGUCCCCAUCCUUGGGGGGGACAUUCCCUGUGGUCCCCUGUGCACCUGUGGAGUCCUGUGAAGGACACUCAGAUGUGUCACCUCCCAGGGUGGUGCUGCCUCACACUCGUCUCCUUGGGGUCGUUCCCUGUCCCAGUGAAACAUUUCCAAUGUGAGAUCCUUGUCUCAGUCUGGCACUGCUUCCCCUGCAGCCUGGGGGUGUCUGAUAGAGCGGCUAUCCUGGGAUUUUGGGCAUCAUCCAUUUCAAUCACCCUACAAAUCCAUUCCCAUCCCCACUUGUGGCAAGUCUGGAGCACUCCCUGAUGUCUGACAGUGGCACAGAUGUCUCAGACCCAGAUGAUGUGGCCUCGUGCUGGCAAUUCCUUCCCUGUUUCCUGUCUGGAAUGGUUGUGGGUCUCUAGAUUAGCAACUCAUCACAAGUUCUACAUUCUGUCCUCACUGGACUGAGCUUUGCUUUCAUUACAUGCCCUGUUGCAAACUGGGAGAAAGGGGUUUAAUAACUGAAAAAAUUGUGGAAGGAAUUUUAGGGAAUGUGGGCCAUGAGACAGGGCUGUGCUGGUGAGCAGAGCUGGCGUGGGGCCCAGCCAGACACCCAGAGUGACCAGUGGCCCCUGUUCAUGGGCUUCCCCAUGUGUUUGAUACUUCUGAAGUGUUUCCUGCUCUCAGAGUUCCCCAUUUGUCCAGGUUUUCCAAGGAAAUACUGUAGCAGAGGAAGCGUGGAACUGCGUGGUUUCCAUUUGAGCCCAAGGGAGUAAGGAAUUAAAAGGAAAAUAGGGAAGCUGCUGUGAUGGAGCAUCUGUCGCUGUGUAAUAGAAAUCAAAAAUCCAAAUUUGCCUGAAAUUUAUUUUGGAUAUGAAAUCUGAUGGAUUCGGCCCUUGAGAGGGCAGCUGUGCACUUGUAAGGGGUCCCUGGCAAAUCUCAGUUCCGACGAACUGAUCAAAUUCCACUGGAUUUUACAGUGUUGGGGUUUAGGGUUUAGGGCUGUCAUUGUUUGAAGUUUCUGUAGUUGCGACCUGGUGUGGGAGGGUUUGUCUUACACCAAGGUGAGACUCUGGCCAAUCUCCUUCCUUUUGGGCUGUGGUAAGAGCCAUAAGAUACUUGGAACUGGAUUUUUUUCUCUUUCUGAGCCUUGCUUGGCAUUUUAAUAGAUGUCUUCCUGUUGAUUUAUUUUCCCUUCUGGAGUCUCCUUGUCCCUGCACAGGCUGAUUUCCCCUUGGUGAGCCAAGUGUCCUUGCUACCCGUGGCACCCAAAGGUGGCACAUGGGGCUUGAAGGAACCACCUGGGGAACUGGAUUUGGGGCCGUGUGACAUCACACACAUUUGAAGCUCCUGUAAAGUCCAAAGAGAUUUCUGAGGGCACCUCAGGUGGUUUGUGUGAAACCCAAAACCCUCCAUUGCAGUGGGACAUGGCAGGGACACGGGUGGUUCCUCCAAGCCCCGCAUCCCCCCUUUGGAUGCAGUGGGAAAUGAUCUGGAUUGCCCUGGUGGGAUUGUGGUUCCUGCCAAAGGAAAUGGGCUGGAGCUGCAGCCCUGGAGGCUUUGCUGCUGUAGCUUGGGUUUUUCCUUCCUCACCGAACACCUCACUUCUGCUUCCAAACUGCAGCACGAGUUCCAGCUCUGGGGUGAGCUGCUCUCUCAGGAGGGGACUCUGUGGGAAUUCCCUUGCCUCUGGAAUAAAACUUUUUAUCAGUAUUUUAUACGUAAAGGAGCAAGGGUGGGAUGUGAUUCAUGUGAUGUUCUGUGAAUAAAGAUUUUUUUUCAACCAAAA